AGCGCUGCUGGUAAUUCGGAGAGUAACUUCAUUCAGUUUAUAAAGCCACACUGUGGAGACAGCCCUGUGGUAAAGGCCUGAGGCUGGGAAUUGGAAGAUCUGAAUUUGAUUUCCCUGCUGUUAGACUUCCUUACAUGAAGGAACUUUGAGCUGAAAAUGCAGACACUUCACAGAAACAUGAGCGUGUUUCAGCAAACUAAAAUGUUGUUAUGGAAAAAUGUCCUUACCAAAUGGAGGAGGAAAAGGCAGAGCUUUCAGGAAUGGAUCCUGUCACUACUUUUUCUCUCUCUGGUGUAUGUAGUUUCACUGAACUCGCAUUUUUUCUUCCGUCGAGACAUACCGUAUGCCUUCCUUGGGCAAUUAAAUGGUUCUACCUCUGAUGUGACUCACAUUUCUUAUACACCGGUGACCAGCACCACCAAGGAAAUAAUGAAUAAAGUGGCUUCCAAAUCAGUCAUGAUGGGUAUUCGCGCAGAAGGAGUGGAAGAUGAGAAGUUUCUGGAAGAGGGAGAGCAUUCACAACAUGAUUUUUUCGGUGUUGUAUUUAAAGAUGACCUGUCAUAUAAUUUGAGGCAUUCUUGGAAAACACCUUUUCCAAAUGACAACUUUGGACACAUAGAUAUCUGUUACAAUUUUUCAGCAACUUACUGUAAGAACCCAGAGUACUGGUAUGAAGGGUUUGUAGCACUACAGUCCAGCAUUGAUGCUGCCAUCAUAGAAAUGAAAACCAAUCAUUCUGUCUGGAAAGAGAUGAAAUCAAUUAGCGGUGUCCGUAUGCAAUCCUCCAGUCUCCUGAAUUCCAUGGUUUGGGGAAUUUAUUUUACCCUGGUUUUUAUUGCAAUGUGUUUCUCUGCGUUUGUGCAAGUUUUGUCGACAAACAUGACAAGAGAGAAAAAAAAUAUCAAGGUAUUGAUGAAGAUGAUGGGGUUACAAGACUCAGCAUUCUGGCUCUCCUGGAGUUUGCUGUAUACUGCUUAUGUUUUCAUUAUGUCCUGCCUGAUGACAGCUGUUUCUUUUUAUGACGAGUUCUAUCUAAGCAGCUUCUUUCCAAUCGUAUUCUUGUUUCUCCUUUAUGGCAUUUCAUCCAUCCACUUCACCUUCCUGAUCAGCUCCAUCUUUAAGAAGCCUAAAACCACGAGCAGUGCUGUGUUCCUCCUCUCAUUUCUCUCUGGAAUUUUGAGUAUUAUUACGCUGUUAGGGAAGCCUCCUGUAGCUUUUGAAUGGGUUUUUGGUUUCCUCAGCCCUUUUGUUUUUAAUGCUGGAAUUGCAAAGAUUUUUCACUUAGAGCGGUAUGGAAUAGGCUUCUAUUUUUCUAACCUAAUGGAUGAAUCAUCCUUUUUACUUAAAAUAUACAUCAUCCUGAUUAUUGACUCAGUUUUGUAUAUGCUGUUGGCUGUCUAUUUUGACAAGGUUUUGCCCGACAAAUAUGGAACACCAUAUCCCCCUUUGUUCUUCCUGAAGUCAUCAUACUGGGUCAAAAGCCAGAGGCGUUAUGAUGGUGGGAGAUCCGAAUUUGAACAAAACUGUGAUCAUGCUUUUGGUGAUAAUGUGGAACCGGUGCCUCCAGAAUUUGCUGGAAAGGAAGCCAUCAGGCUCAGCAAUAUUAAAAAAACAUAUGGAAAGAAGGAGAAGCAAGUAGAAGCGUUGAGAGGUUUGUCCUUAAAUAUUUAUGAAGGCCAGAUCACUGCAUUACUUGGUCACAGUGGAGCUGGAAAAACUACAUUGCUAAAUGUGCUUAGUGGACUCACUGAAGCUUCAGAGGGUUCUGCCACCAUAUUUAACCACCGAUUGUCUGAAGUGAGAGACAAGGAUAGAAUCAAAGAAAGAAUCGGGUUCUGUCCACAAUUCAAUCUCCAGUUUGAAGCUUUAACAGUGAAAGAAAAUUUGCGGGUUUUUGCUGGAAUCAAAGGGAUCCUGUCCAGUGAGACAGAGCGUGAGGUGAAAAAUAUCUUAACACAGUUGGAUAUGAUCCAUAUACAGGACAAACAAGCAGAUAAAAUAAGCAGUGGACAAAAAAGGAGCUUAUCUCUUGGUAUUGCCAUGUUGGGAAAUCCACAGGUUCUGCUGUUAGAUGAGCCAACUGCUGGGAUGGAUCCCUCUUCCAGGUAUCAGGUGUGGAACCUGCUGAAAGACGGUAAAGCUGCUCGAGUGACUCUGUUCAGUACACAGUUUAUGGAUGAGGCCGAUAUCCUGGCAGACCGCAAGGCAUUUAUCUCGCAUGGGAAGCUAAAAUGUGUUGGUUCAUCUCUGUUUUUGAAGAAAAAAUGGGGGAUCGGUUAUCACUUAAGGAUGCAUACCAGUGAGCUCUGUCACUCGGAGGAGAUGACCUCCUUGGUCAAAGAGUACAUCCCUAAUGCCACAUUCUCAGGACAGAGGGAAAAUGAACUGGAAUAUGUUUUGCCAUUAGAAACAGUGGAUAAAUUUCCAGAUCUGUUCUGUGGCCUAGACAGUCACUCUGACCAAGGGAUUAUCAAUUAUGGAGUUACCGUGACAAGUCUGGAAGACGUUUUCCUGAAACUGGAGGGAGAAGAGGCAAUUGCUGAAGGCACUAGUUCCUUGUUAGGUGAUGGCAUCCUCGGUGAGGAGCAGGCAGAAGAGGAAAAAGAGCCCUUUUCUGUGGAUGGAGUGGAACAAGAUCUGUCACUCUCAGACAUUCAAAGGACGACUGUAACCGGCAUGGCUCUCUGGAGACAGCAAGUCUGUGCCAUGGCAAGACUUCGCCUCUUAAGGCUGAAGAAAGCAAGCAAAACCUUCAAGUCCAUAUUACUGCUAUAUACAGUUCUUCUGUUACCUUUGAUUUUGGAAUCCCUCCUGAUUGGCAUCUGGUUUCUUAACAACUCUUGGGAGAUGUCUUCUGCUCUAUAUUUUCGUCCUCUUGGAAUGAAGGGUGACAAGGAAUACAAGGACUACACAAGUCUUUUGAUCCUUAAUGAAACAGGCUCCAGCAUUGACGACUUCAUCCGCAAUUUGGAGAAGCAGAACAUAGCAUUGGAUAUAACCAGCAAGGAAAAUAAAAUGGAGAGGUUAAUGCACAAUGGAGCCAUAAAGGUUUCCGGUGACAACCAGAGCUACAACUUUACCAUUCUGUGCCACUUGGAAGUAAUCAACUGCUAUCCUGUGCUUAUGAACAUCAUUAGCAAUGCGCUGCUGGGAGCUUCAAAUUUUACUGGGCGCAUUCGAGUCUGGAAUAGUCCAUUUUUUAAUAUACAUGAAGGAUUCUGGGACUAUUUUGUUAGUUUCUUACUUGCCUAUAUGCUGCUUUUACUGCCUGGCUUCUUUCCUCAAUUUACAAUGAAUCACAUUGAGGAUUACAAGAGAAAAGCUCGGUCUCAGCUGCGUAUCUCUGGGCUCUUCCCUUCAGCUUACUGGUGUGGACAGGCACUGGUGGACAUUUCCUUGGCCUGGAUUCUUGUCAUCUCCAUAUUUGGGAUGUAUUUUGCAAUGAGCAGCGCAAAUACUUGGGAUGUUUCUCUCGUAUUCUCUCUGAUCGCAUGCUGUAUUGGCUAUGGAGUUUCUAUGGUCCUGUUUCUGUAUUUAAUUGCCUUCAUAUUUUGCAAGGGAUGCAGCAGUCUAUUUUUGUCUUGUGCCCUCAUCGCGGUAACUACAGCUGCCUUCACAUUCAGCGAAAUCCUGAAGUAUACUUUUAGUAUCCAAAUUGCCAACUUCUUCUUCUUUUUCGUUCCUGUGUAUCCAUUAAUAGGCUUUAUAAUUACUGCUCCCGAGAUUUUCAGCUCUUAUCGAUCUGUGGACAAUAGCAGGAGUGAACUAUUCAUAUCCAUCUUUGCACCUUACAUCCACUGUGUGGCUUUCAUUUUCCUGCUUCGAUAUUUGGAAAUGAAAUAUGGAAGAGCAGUUCUGAGAGGGGAUCCAGUUUUUAGAAUCUCCCCAAGGAAAGAGCCUUGCCAUCAGAAUCCUGAAGAGCCAGAAGAGGAGGAUGAAGAUGUUCAAACGGAAAGGGCAAAAAUUAGGCAUGCAAUAGCUUCUCAGCAUGAGGGGGAGAAACCAUUGAUCAUUGUCAAUAAUCUACGCAAGGAAUAUGAAGUCAAGAAAGCCGGUUCUGUUUUUAAGAAUAAGAAGAAAGUUUCUGUUAAAAACAUCUCGUUUUGUGUGAAAGAAGGAGAGAUAUUUGGACUGCUGGGACCCAGUGGAGCUGGAAAAAGCACAACCAUAAAUAUGAUCACUGGAGAGACCACACUGAGUGCUGGGCAGGUGCUGGCAAAGGGGAAGGGUGCAGCUGAAUCUCAACUGGAAGCCAGCGCCCCUGGCUUCCUAAGCUACUGCCCUCAAGAGAACCCUCUUUGGCCAACCCUGACUGUGCAGGAGCAUCUGGAGGUGUAUGCAGCAGUGAAAGGGCUGAGGAAAGAAGAUGCUGCAGUCACCAUCUUUCGAAUAUUGAAGGCUCUGGAACUUCAGAAGUAUUUUAAAAAAGCAGCUGGGGAAUUACCUGCUUGGAUAACAAGGAAGCUGUGUUUAGCACUCAGCCUCCUGGGUAAUCCAACAGUUGUGCUCUUGGAUGAGCCAUCAGCUGGAAUGGACCCAAGGGGACAAAGUCAAGUGUGGAAGGUGAUUUGUAGUGCACUGAAGAGCAAGGAGCAAGGAGCCAUUCUGACAACCCACUGCAUGGAGGAGGCAGAGGCAGUGUGUGACAGAGUGGCCAUUUUGGUGUCCGGUUGGAUCCGGUGCAUUGGCUCCAUUCAGUACCUGAAAAGCAAGUUUGGUAAAAGUUACCUACUGGAGAUUAAAUUGAAGGACUCUGGGCAAGCUGAUCAGCUCCACACAGAGAUUCUGAGGAUCUUCCCACAAGCAGCUCGCCAGGAGCGGUUUUCUUCUUUGUUGGUCUACAAGGUACCAAUGGAAGAUGCCCUGCCACUGUCCCAGGCUUUCUCUAAGAUGGAGAGAGCCAAAAGAUCCGUCGGCUUCGAGGAAUACACCUUCUCCUUGAACACUUUAUCACAGAUGGUCCUAGAACUUUCCCGAGAGCAGAAGGAUAACUCUGAUCUGGAUUUGGAUGGAAAUUUUGAACAAAACCUAUUGGAUGCAGAGAUGGAAAAUGUCAUCUUGCCACUAUACAAAUCCAUAGUAUUACCGCGUUAUGAAUGCUGUAUUCAGUUCUGGUCUCCACCUGUGAAAAAGAUGCCUGGAUAUGACAUCAGCCCUGGUGCACCCACCAAUGCGCAGCAAGCAGGAGCUCACAAAGCGGGACUGCUGCUGCGCCUACCACUCUUCCACCGCCAUCGUUGCCUCUGCACCACAAGCACCCUGCAGGUGUUCUUGGAGCUCUCCCUGGAGCAAGAGAAACACGACUUUGAUCUGGAGUUGGAUGAAAACAUGAAUUCAAACAACUUCAGUGGGAAGAGCCCUCAAGGUAAAAGUACUUUUGAUCCAUACUGUCAAGAUGUACCUUAUGCUUCCCUUGGGCAAUUAGAUGACCUGACUUUUAAUACUACAUCGGCCAAUGUUGUUUAUACACCAGCGAACAGUACCGCAAGGCUUAUAAUGAAAAAUGUGGCUUCCAAAUCUCUCCUGGCAGUCUUUAGUCCUGUGCUGGGAAAAUUACGAGAACCUUCUCGUUGUCUGUUUCAGGUGUUCUUGGACCUUUCCCGAGAGCAAGAGAAGGACAACUUCAAUCUGGCUUUGGAUGGAAAUUAUGAUUGGAAACAUCUUAAUCAGGAAGAGCCAUAA